AGAGAAGCUAGAAAAGGAAUUGAAAGAGAAGGAAGAGAAAGAGAAGAUAGAAAAGGAAUUGAAAGAGAAGGAAGAGAAAGAGAAGAUAGAAAAGGAAUUGAAAGAGAAGGAAGAGAAAGUGGCUGAGAUGGACAAAAAGGUUGUAGACAAGCCUGAAGAAAAAACAACCAUGAAGCCUUGGGAGAAAGAAGCUGAAACCCCUGUGGAGGCUAAAAGGGGGCAAGAGGAAGGUGAGGAAGAUGUGUUAGAGAAAGCAGGGGCGGGAGCAGCAGUGGUGAAGGAGAUCCCAGAGACUCGCGCUGCCAUCGAAUCAGUGGUGACAGUUGAAGACGAUUUUAUCACUGUGGUCCAGACCAUUGAUGAAGCAGAGGAGCCGGGACACAGCGUUCGUUUCUCCGGUCCACCUGAGGCUGAAGCCCUCGGUGUCGCCGCACAGAACGAGGAAGAGGAGGAAGAGGAGGAGUCUGUGGAGUUGGCCCAAGAAGCAGACAUGGAGGCUGCAAGUCUAGAGGAGGUGGUAGAUGUUCCUGAGACCCCCGCCUCCCCUGAGAAGGAGGCGCAAACCGUAGAAACCGAAGGACCGACAGAGAGCUACGAUAGAGAUGAAACCACAAUGGAUGACUCCAUCUUGGACAGCUCCUGGGUUGACACACAAGAUGACGAUAAGAGUAUGGCGACUGAACAGAUUGAGCCUUUGCCCAAAAUGUCCAGCCCAGUCAAAAAGCCUGCUGUGGUCCAGACCAAGCAAACACAAAAGAAGAAGAUGGAGAGCCAGGAAAAGCCGGUCAAACCAAAGGCCAAGGGAGGGCGGGCUAAAGGCAGAAUCUCCACACCAGAACGCAAACCUUUCCGCAAAGAACCUGUCUACAUCCCCAGAGAGGAAACCAAGAAGAAAAAAGCUGUCAUAAGGAAGGCCGAGCUUACCAAAAAAAUGGAGAUUCAGAGUCACUCCCCAUCCAAGAGGAGUUUAAUGAAACCAGCCGUCCGCCAGACCCGCCCCACCCAGCACCACUCCUGUCCUAGAAGGAGACCCACAGAGGCGCUACCAGACAGUCGUCAGCCUCUCAGUGUUGCCAAACAGUCUCGCGACAGAGCAUCGUGCCAUGCCCAUCGUUUGCCACUAACAAAGAUCCCCACCUCCACAUCCAGAGGGGCUGCCUCAUUAGAUAGACCUCGCCCAUCCUCAGCAGAGCCUCAAGGCUUCCCAGUAUUACAGAGACUCAUAGCCAAGGAUGGUGGGUCAUGGAGCCCUGAAAAGGGGUCCUCUGUGCCGCGGCAUGCCUCCAUUCUGAGUCGCCGUGCAUACCAUGACCAAGAGGAGAGCUCCACCUCCAUCACCAGCUCUGGCUCCACGGCUCCUCGCAGAGCCACAUCGUUUCGCACAGAGAUGAGGGCAGAGCAUAGGACAGGACGAGCCCCUAGCAUGACAGAAUCAGUGCGCUCCCGUUCGGCUCGCAGUGGCCACUCCACCCCUCGCACCUCUGGCUCCACAGCCAUCACCCCAGGAACCCCUCCCAGCUACUCAGCGUCCUCAAGGACCCCUGGGACCCCACGCUCCCUCAGCUUGAUUUCCCAGGAAAGGAAGGUGGCAGUGGUCCGCACCCCACCCAAGUCACCUGCAACCACGCCCAAGCAGCUCCGCAUCAUCAACCAGCCACUACCUGACUUCAAGAACGUCAGGUCCAAGAUUGGCUCCACAGAGAAUAUCAAGUACCAGCCCAAAGGAGGACAGAAGCACAAGGACCAAAAUAUGCCAGCAGAGGCCAAACACAGGGCCUCUUGGAUCUGGAAGUCAGUGCUGCGCCUCAUCUCCGUUACUCUGUGCCUGUCAGCGGCACACAGUGUGACCUGGACCCGAGACCUGCUGAUUCAUAUUUUAAACAAGAAGCUGGACUUGCAGAGUGCAAAAUGCAGCUCCAAGGAUAAUCUGAAGCACUCUCCCCGUGGAGGCAAUGUUCUCAUCCCCAAUGUUAAGCUGGACUAUAGCCAUGUUCAGUCUAGGUGUGGGUCCUUGGACAGGUGGGGCUACUCGGCAAGAGGUGGAAACGUGAUGAUACAGAACAAGAAGAUUGACUUGAGCCACGUGACCUCCAAGUGUGGAUCUCUAGACAACAUCCAUCAUCGGCCAGGGGGCGGUAACGUGCGUAUAGAGACUGUGAAGUUGGACUUCAAAGACAAAGCCCAAGCCAAGAUUGAGACCCACAGGCUGAUGUUUCGCGACCAAGCCAAGGCACGGGUGGACCACGGGGCUGAGAUUGUUGUCCAGUCGCCGGGCCUGUCCAGCUCCGUGUCCCCCCAGCGCCACCGGGGCAGCCACUUAUCAUCCUCCGGCAGUCUCAACGUACUGGAGUCGCCGCAGUUAGCAACCCUGGCUGAGGAUGUGACUGCAGCUCUGGCCAAGCAGGGUUUGUGAACACUGGAUCUCUGGAUUCCUGCUUUGCACCCCGGACAUCCUCACCCCGAUCCCCUCAAACUUUUCUGCCCACACCUGCCACACCGAGGCCACCGUCAGCUAAACCACAGCCUCUUAACAUCUCCACUUCAACAUCCAUCACUCAACUCUAAGUAGAGACUCGAAUUAGGAGCUACUGUACUUUGAUCUUCUUUAUUUUCCAAAUAUAUGCUAUUUCUGACUCAUUUUCUUUUUGGCCUCUCUCUUUUUGAAUGAUGUUGCAUAGAAUAGUUCAGUCUGAGCACUGGUCAUAAAUUAAGUGGUAUAUACAAAGUGGGGGACCAGGUGUUGGAUUAACUGGUCCUGGAUCAGUGUUUUGAAGAAGCUGCAGCCUUUUUUCUACAUUAAAUAAGAAGUAAUGUGGCCAGCACACCAUGCAGCACGUGUUAUUUCGCUCAGUAAACAUGCGUGCAUGGAUGCCAAACCCCCUAACAAACCAAGUAUCCUUACUGCAAGUCAUUCUUGUCAUCCGAUAUAUAAUAUAUUUAACAAAUAUAUAUAGAAACAUGUAUAAAACCUUCUUUGCCAUCUACAUGUCCUAAAAAACAUUUUAAAAGGAAGUGACAAUAUGGCUAUAAAAUAUACCUGUAAAAUUGCAUUACUGCAAAAACUAGGUCAUGUUAUGACAAGCAUGUAUUGAUUCUAAUAUUAAAAGAGGCUAUUUUGUAAUCUAAAAGGAUUUUAGUAAGUUAUUUCCUCAAUUAUUGGAUAAAGAUUAAACAAGUUCAUGUUUUGUAGUUAUUAGUUGUUUACAGUGUAUUGCUUGGUGACAAUGUCAGACAGCUGAUUUGGUGUUGCUAAGGAAGACAUCUCAGUCCUGUUGAAGAGCAUCAUACACGUUGUACCUGCUCAGUAGUUCAAUAUAGACGCCUGUUUAUACAUCAGAACACUAAUCAACACCGGAGCUCAUUCCACAAACCUACAGCGAAAGGCAGAUAUUGAGCUCACAGACGUUCCUCCGCUAGCACAGGCUGAUGUUGGACUCAUCAGGACUGUCUGUUGACGCUACGAAUGCAACCUGAGAUUUAGCAGAAGAUGCCGCUACUCUGAAAUCUGUCUGUGUGUGUGCGUUUGGUGCAGAUCCCAUGCCGUUUUACGACGUAUGCUAACGUAUCUGGAUGUUUUGUUGCAAUAUGUGGGAGAAGAAAGUUGGAAAAAAAAUAUUUUGAAAAAUCCAUUAAAAAAGACAAAUCAUGAAGAAAAAUAAAAAGGCAGAGGGAACUCUGAACCUGUUAAAUCUGUUAGAAAAAAGUGUUUGGGUGGUCUAGUUUCUUUUUCAGCCACCAUUUGUGGUAUAUCCUGCCUCCUGCCUAAUUACUGCCCUCACCUGCGAUUGUUUGUUUGCUUCUGUGUUUUUUCUGCAUACCCCAUCUGCGUGUGCCCCCUUCCCACCUCCUGCUCCACCCUACAGCAACUGUAAAUGUAUUUAAAAGGUCAAGUAGAUGUACGCAGUUUUUCUCUUGUUGAUAUGACACCAAUUACAAUAAUUAAUGCGAAUAAAAAGGACAAAAAGUGA